CAUUGUGCGGAAGAGCGCAAAGUGAAUUUUGGAAAAGUAAAGUAAACAUGUUUGCAAUUUUUCACCCAUGGCUUGCAGGUCUAGUUCUGGGCCUCUACUCUUCAAUGGGUCCUGAGGCACAUCCCAUUCUCGCUCAGUUCCCAAAAAAUGUGAAGAUACCAGAGGGUGGAACUGUGCAGAUUCAGUGCCGUUUGGAGAGAAGCUUCAGAAAUAACACAGUGGAAAAUUACACUGUCCACUGGUACCACCCUGGAAACAAGACACGUACCUUAUUGACUCAUUAUGUUAAUGGAGUUACUUACCGAUCGAGAGAAUUCUCUGAACGGUUUCAGCUUUCCAGGAAUGUGUCCAGUAACAGCUACAUUCUGACCAUCAGAGAGCUGCAGCUCAAUGACACCAAUACCUACAUCUGUGGGAUUUGGGGGAACGUCUUUGGGAAAGGGACUUGGCUGAAUGUGACCAGUGCAAAUGUCCCAGUCCUUCUCCAGUGUCCGAGCCUGGAACAUGUCACUGAGGGUCACACUGUCCGGUUACAGUGCACCGUGAGGAAUGCUACUGUGACACACACUGAUGUUCACUGGUACCGGGAACAACCAGGGAAUAACACAGAGUGGGUUUUAAUACAUGAUGUGAGGAACAACACACAAUGGAGCCCAGGAUUUACUGAGCGAUUCCAGUCUUCCAGACACCCCUCCAAUAACAGCUUCAUUCUGACCAUCACAAAUGUGCAGCCCAGUGACACUGGGAUCUAUUUCUGUAAAGUGUGGGGAGACAUCAGUGGGAAUGGAACCCAGCUGAAUGUAACAGUUCCUGCAGUGGGAAUGAACAGCGAGCUGUGGAGUGUCUGGAUCAGUGUGGGGGCUGUACUGGGAAUUAUUCUCGUCGCUGGAGCUGCUAUUUGCUUCUGUAUCAGACACACUCGGAAACUGUCAUCCUCUUCUUCCCAUGGUACUGGAGAACACAGCCUGAUGCUGGAAUAUGAAAACAUUUCUGCUUUUAGAAACACAAGGAAAUCGGAUGAUCUCCAAGUUGAUCCCGAUCAGAUCUAUGUGAACAUGCCUCACAUUGUUAAACUCCUUCCUGAUGGCUGACCAGACAAUGACCAUGAGCUUCAAUACUGCACCAAUCCUGAACAGCAAUUCUCCAACCACGAGAAGAAUCUCCUCGGUCAUUUCCCUGCUCCUCAGCAGCAGCCUGUACCUCACCAGGACUUAGGUUUAUCUGUAAUUGAUGGACAGAUUGGAUCAAACACUCCUUUCCCACAUUUCUGUGAAUCUAAUCCUAACCUGAUGUCCGUGAUGAUCCUAAAUGACUUCUCCAGACCGAGAAACAAAUCCUUCAAACAUACAGAUCAAUGCUGAGAGCCCAGUGAGAGUCACCACAAUCAUUUCUGGGCAUUAUACCCUCUGGAAGCA